AACAAACCCUGUAGUUUAUUUAAUCCAUUCCUGCAUGGAUUAGGAAUGCAAUUAAACCUAUAAAUAAACAACAAUAACCCAUCAAAUAUCAUAACACAAAUACCAAAGCAUGCAAGAAACAGUUGCAGACACGGCUCCCCCCUCCCAAAACCCCACGGCGGACUUUGACUGGUCCAGCUACGUAACUGUCGAAGGAACUCACAUAAACUUCCCUCCGCCGCCGGCGGUGGAGAACCGUACCCCGGCGCCCCAACGACACCGUUACCCCGUCACAGUCUCCGUUCGCCUCGUCCACCCCUUACCCAACGAUCGUGGAUUACUAAUUGCCCCCGACGUCGUAGGAUACAAAGCGUCCAAGGAGUUUUGGCUGAGCCGCGGCGGCGGCGAAUCCUCCGUUGACUCCGCCGCCGACUGGUCCGUCGACCACUUGAACGUGACUCACAACCUCCGCGGGGUCGAAAUCGUCAACUGGUUGGUCGAGCACGUGAGCUUGCCUUACAGCCUCAGAGGGGUCGAACUUUUCUGGCACGAAACACCCGUUGAUGACUGGGACAGCAUGGCCGCCCUCGUCCACGGGUUUCUCCGGCGAGUGACGGCGGCGGAAAUCCGCGGCUGCGGUGUGAACUAUUUGAAGAUCACCAAGUACGUGAAUUCUCCGGAGGAGGUGAGGAAAGCACUGACUGAGGUGAGGGUAAUGGAGGUGGGGAAGAAGGUGCGGGUGGAGAAGGCUAUCGAGAUGGUGACGGCGGAAGAGUGCGGCGGCGGCGGCGGCGGCGAGGAGGCCGUGGCGUGCGGAGUUUGUUUGGGGGAUUUGUGUGAUGGUACGGUGGUGGUGGGGUUGGCCGGUUGCCCGCACCGCUUCCACGAGGGUUGCAUUUUGGAGUGGUUUGUGCAGAGUAUGUCCUGCCCGCUUUGUCGCUUCCGCAUACAGAUCUCCGCCGCCGCCGACGCAGCUCGAAACAAUGGUUGAUUUUGUGUAUGUUCUCUUUUGUUAUCCUGGUUGUGGAUUGAAUUUGUUUGGACCCACGGAGUAUAAUGUAAUACUCCCUAUAGGAAUGUCAAUGUCUAGUUGAUCUCACUAUAUUAGUAUAUUUGUAUAAUUUAAUUUUUUCGAUUCUAAUUAUUCAAAUUGAUUCCAAAUAAAUAAAGAUCUUAAUAUAAAUUAUUGUAUAUA